GAGAGAGAGGUAAAGACUGGACCUCUUCCCCUCCAGCCUUCUCUUGGCACUGGGAGGGGACUGUGGGGGAGCUAGGUAAUGAUUUGUCACUCCAAGGUCUUGGGGUUGUCUCUCUUUGCAAAGGAAACCUUGGCCAUGAUUGACAGCAGGGCUGUUUUGGCCUGUUCCGUUGCUGUUGACAAGUAAUAAUGAAGCUUUGUCAAGCCAUAAUGGAUAUGGAUAUGCCAGAUUAUGUCGAAUCCCUGGACUCCUCUUACACCAUGCUGGAGUUUGAAAACCUGCGGGUGCUGCCAACUAACACGGAAGCCAUACCAGCAGAGUCGACAAAUGCCAGCCUGCUAGCCAAUGGCAUCAGCUCCUUGUGCUCCAUCUGUGGGGAUCGAGCCACUGGGAAACAUUAUGGGGCUUCCAGCUGCGAUGGCUGCAAAGGGUUCUUCAGAAGAAGUGUCCGCAAGAAUCACGUCUAUUCGUGCAGGUUCAGCAGACAGUGCGUGAUAGACAAAGACAAGAGAAACCAAUGCAGGUACUGCCGUCUGAAGAAGUGUUUCAGGGCUGGGAUGAAGAAAGAAGCUGUGCAGAAUGAACGGGACAGGAUUAGCAUUCGCAGGAGUAGCUACGAGGACAAUGGAUCCCUGUCAAUCACUGUACUGACGCAGGCUGAGGCGAUGGCACAGCAGUACUCAGCUCUGAGUCCAGUGCACAGUGCUGAUAUUGCGAUGAAGAAGGUUGCAACCAUCAAUGAUGUGUGUGAGUCCAUGAAACAGCAGCUUUUAGCCCUUGUCGAAUGGGCGAAAUAUAUCCCAGCAUUCUGUGAACUUCCACUGGAUGACCAGGUUGUCUUGCUAAGAGCCCAUGCAGGAGAGCACCUACUCCUGGGAGUUGCUAAACGGUCAAUACCAUAUACGGAUUUUCUAUUAUUAGGAAAUGAUUUCAUCAUUCCAAUGCACUGCCCAGAACUGGAAAUUGCUCGCGUAGCCAUUCGAAUCCUGGAUGAGUUGGUAAAGCCCUUACGUGACAUCCAGGUUGAUGACAAUGAGUAUGCGUGCCUCAAAGCAAUCAUAUUUUUUGACCCGGAUUGUAAAGGCCUGAGCGAGCCUGGGAAGGUGAAGAACAUGCGAUUCCAGGUGCAGGUCAACCUGGAGGAUUACAUCAACGACCGGCAGUAUGACUCUCGAGGGCGGUUCAGCGACAUUCUUCUCCUCCUGCCGCCACUCCAGAGCAUCACCUGGCAAAUGAUAGAGCAGGUCCAAUUCAUGAAACUCUUUGGCGUGGCGAGGAUUGACAGCUUGCUGCAAGAAAUGCUUCUGGGAGGUACGACCCCUCUGAGACCCUCUUUCUUACCUGCAUGCCUUGAAAACCGAACCACUCUUGAUGUACAGUACCAAUCAGGACCUUCCAACCUCGACCUGGAACCUCUGCCAGGACACGCAGCUUUAACAAACAUGAGUUCUGUGAUUCACACAGUUCCAAACCCAUCUCCAGAAACAUCCCUUCCUUCUCCGUCUACCAGCACAGGAAGCGAAGACUACAAACUAGGCCCAACCGCAGGGCCAGAGGCCGUUGUGAAAAUACUGCCUCAGACCAUCAUACCCAAGCAAGAGAUUUUAUAAGGGACAGGAAAAGAAGCCAACAGCAAUACCCAAUGUCCCUAUGUAAAGUUAAACCAUCCCUGCUUUCUGCCAUGGCAAUGCCCAGCAAUUGCCUGCUUCUAACGAGAUCUGAUGACACCCUUUCCUGUCAGUGAUUAAAAUGGCACUGUCAUUAGACUGUGGCUCACCAAUGUUCUCUAUCACCACCCUCUUUACUGGAGCAGCCUGGACUUGAAGCUGCUGUUCAUUUUAGAACCACCAAAGCUGUAAGCUCGUUGGAGCAGGGACUUCUUACUUCAUGUUUGUACAGCACUGGGGGGCUCUGACUACAAAAAUAUAAAUAAGUAUCUCAUAUAGCUAUUGUUGAUUGCUAAUGAGCAUGCUAUACCUCAGAUAGAAACAGACCUUCUCACACUGCCUAUUAAAAGUUGAAGUACAUGCCCAUCACUCCUGCUGUCCUUCAAGCUAAAUCUAGAAAGCCUGUCUGAAGCAUAGAUCAGAGAUGCUCUUUAUAACCUACAGGAGAUUAUGGCUUCCUUAUGCCACACAGACCUGGUAUUGUACAAGAUUUUUAUGCUGUUAUUUACUAACAUAUAAUGCUGUGGAUUAUGAGUCACGGACCUUAAAUUUAGAUUAACCUGUGCUUAGGGCUGUUCAGGUUUCAAGAAUUGUUAUAUUUUAAUAGCUGAAGCCCAUAUUUGGUCUGUGCUAAACAUCCCGGGAAGGAGUGUUCUUUAUUCUGAUUCUAACAAACUUGCUGUACUAUGCAGGAGGCAGCAUUUGUUUAUACAUCUGGAACCCAGCUACCGCAUUUCGAUACUUCCAUUAGGGCUUUUAUAAAUCUAAUGUGUUGGUAGGAGAGCUGAUCAUGACAUUGUAGGUAAUACUUGGGAACAAUGCAACUGCUAAUAAGUGUAAGGAACCAACAAAAUAGGCUUGCCAAAAUAUUUGCUUGUACUAUGCACAUGCAAACAUCUUGGCUUCAUACCGUAUCUGGAAAAGUGACAGUCUUAAAACAUGAAGAUCCUUUCCCUAGCACGUAGAUAUAGUUUUGCUGUAGCUUCAUGGAGCAGAGAGUAUGCAAACAUCCUUUAAAAACAAACAAAAACUUCACAGCCCUGAAUUAUAGACUUUUUAUAUAUAUUAUAUUAUAUAUAUAUAAAAUAUAUAUAAUAAUAUAUAUAUAAAAAGCAGCUCUCCCAAGGAUCUGUCACAGCUAUAUAUUUUGAAAAAACGUUAUUCUGUGCUAUUACAUCAUGGGGUAUCACGGUACUAAAUGUGUAAUUCCUAAGUUAGCCAGGCUCCAACUACUUCAAAUAACCAAUGUAUACAACAAAAGUAUUCUUAAAAAGCAGCCAAACACGACCUUAGUUGGCUGCCUACAUUGAUCAACAGUACAUUAAAGACCACUAACCGCAACCCUGGUUUUGUUUUUUACAUAGACAAAAGUUCACUGAACUUUUAACAGGCUUUUGGAGGAACAGGAAUAAGCGCACCGUUGAAAAGAAUGAACUUGUUAUUAAUACUGCUGUCUUCCAACAGCAGCUAAUUCACCCACUUUAAUGAUUUGUGAGUCUUUUCCAGUGUUGCACAAAGACGGAUACUCAAGGGUUGAAUUUCUGCUAUGAACCCCAUUUGGAAUAUAACAGUAUAUGUACUUUUUGUUCCUCAAAUUUGCACUCUGUGAAAUUGCCUUCGAUGCCAAUAAGCUAGAAGAAUAUUUUGAUUUUAGUUUGUGCAAACAACCAACCUUUCAGUAUAAAAGAUGCAUUGUGUACAAACAUAGCAUUAUGUACUUCCAUUCCCCUCUCUUCCCCCGUGUACACAAAGCUCAUGUAUUGAUAAUGAAUGAAAUGUAGCUAAAUAUAAAUCUAUCAAGUGAGCAAGUUCCAUUCUUUGAAGAUUGUUAAUAUGGCAAUGUAUAAACAAAGCUCAGAUGGAAAGGCUCCACAUUCUGAUUUACUUUGUUUUUGCGAAUCAUUUUAGUAGCAAGUUGCUCAAGUUUCUGCACUGAUUUUCCUGAGCUUUCUCUAAAGAUUUUCACCCAAAGCAUAUAAAGGUUAGAGAAACAAACUGAUACUGGUAAGCAUGCAAGUAAUAUAUACCAACCUGUUUAAUUGGACAUAGCCACAAAGUCACGCUAUAGCUUAUAAGCAUUGUGUAAUUAGCACUUCAUGGCUCAAUAGGAUGGGGGGAAAUAUUUUGCUAUGGCAACCUACUGAUAUUUGAUCUUAUAAAUACAUUUAAAGAAGAUAUCACAUCAAAUCUUUGCAAAUUGGUUGUUAGCAUCUCAUUACUAAAAACACUGUGUUCUUAUCUGUUAAAAAAAAAAAAAAAACACUGCUCAGGGUUGGAAUGAUUUUUCACAAGGAAACACCCUCUUUGGCCUUUCCACACACCCCCUUCCCCUCCACGUACCAAGAGCACAGGCCUUUCAAAAAGAAAAAAAUCUAAUGUAUUUGUUAAGGUGUAUUCAAAUAUGCUUUGGAAGUUGUUAUAGCACGUGCUGUACCAGAUUUCUGGAUUUUCUUUUUUAAAUAAAGGUGCAAGAAUGAA